AUGAACGAAACUUACAACAGUCAAGAACCAAAUAACACCAUGUUUUACAAUAACAAUUCAACUCCGUCCAAUGAUGCACAGUCCCAUAAUAAUAAUAAUAAUAAUUCUGCAGGCAACAGCUCUAUUAUCAAUGCUUCUGCUUCCAUGCACGCCAAUAACGGCAACCACAAUAAUGAUAAUAUAAACACCAACGAAAACAUCAACGAAAAUAACAGCAACAAUAGUAACAAUAACAGCAGUAGCAGUACCAAUAACAACAACAAGAACAAAAAUAAGAAUAAAAACAAUAGUGGGAAUAGUAACAAUCACACAGUAAAUGAGUUGUAUGGACUCAUACAUAAUUUGCAGAACCAGUUUGCUAAUUAUCAAAACACUCAGUUCAAUCAGUUGAUGAUGAAAAUAUCGUUUCUUCAUGAUUCAAUGGACCACAUGAAACUGCAAGUCAAUGAUCUAAGUCAACAGGUGUUAUUUCUUGCCAAGAAUAGUGGUAUGCGACCAGGUACAAACAGCAACACUAAUUCUGCAUUCAACAACCAAUUCAAAGCUUUUGAAGUAUUCACAAAACAUCUUAACGAAUUGAACAAGGAAAUUGAAGAGAUUUCAAGUAGUUCACAAGGAAUACAAAACCAACAACAACAACAACAACAGCAGCAGCAGCUUCACCAACCACAUCACCAGGCACAGAUACCUCCGCCACCUUCACACCCGCCACAGCAGACUUUGCAACUACAAUCAAACCAUUCCCAAUUUCAGGGAUCUUCAGUACAUCUUGGUGUUCCAACGAACAACAAUGGGCAACCAACUACUCAAUUUGACGAGGAAGUUGAUAGCAUCACAAGAAAAGGUCUAUCGUUGAGAUCACCAGCUAAUUCCUCACCCAACCCCACGUCACAUUAUGUGUUUGAUGUAGGACCGUUUGCAUCGAGAAAUAUGAAUGGUAAUAAUGCAAACACUUUGUAUGACAAAGGACCCACCACAUCAGUUAUUCGUCCCAAUAAAAAACGCAGAAAGCAGCAGAAGAACUCCCAGGAAGAAACUCCUGCUAAUCAACCAGAGUCAACGCUACAGCUGCAAAGAAGAUUGCCAGUACAGCAACAGUCAAGACAAACAAUUGCGCAAUCGUCUUCGGCAUAUCCAAACUCAUAUAUUCUUCCUAUGCCCCCUUUACUUGGUGAUGAUAAACUAGGGCAAACCCCGAGCUCUUCUACAAAUAAUGACACAACUCAAUUUAUGUUGCCACGUGAUAACGGCACAGUAAUGACAUCCGCAUUAAGACAACCGCCAAACCAUACACGUCCGCCACCAAACCUGCAAACAUCUUCUGGCUUUUCCUUUGAUGAUGAGAUUGAUACGAUGGACCAGCUAGAGAAUGAUAAACAAAACGAGGGUAGUUCGUCAGAAAGUGGUAAGAGAGCUUCCAAGAAACGGAAACAGUCCGAAUCUGCAAAAAUGACAAUUUCUGUUAAUCCAUUAAAUAUACCACAAUAUAAACUAGAAAGAAGUCUUAAGUCAUUAGCAGAAAUCUGGAAGGAGUAUGCUCAUGGGUUAAACAAUAAGCCUCCAUUGAAGUCUUUGGAGACCAAGUACGGAACUAAAUGGAGAAACGAAACAGAGUCAAGAACGUUUUUAAGAAGGAAAAAAAUAUAUGAAGCUAUUGAAAUCGGAAUCAGUAAAGGGUAUACAGAAGAUGAAGUUAUUCAAGAAUUGGAGAUGCACAGGAGUUAUAACAAAAAUGGAGUCAUUAAGCGGAAACCAUUACUGUGGUUAAGCUCAAACAUGCCGGAAAAGUUCAAUUCACCAACAUAA